ACGUAGAACAAAAGCAGUAGCGCAGUAACAAUCAUCGUAGUAGUGAUCAGCAGAAUCACCAGAGUAUCAAAGGAGGGAGCUAGCGAUCGAGGGAUCUUCACCCUGCACCCUCGUCCCAUCCCGCCCGAUACGCGUCGCCGCCGUCGUCGCCGCAGUUUAUCGAUUCCCAGCGAGCGGGUUCAGAAACACAGGCAGCGUCGUCGUCGUACAGUAGCUCAGUAGUGCACCGCCUCUUCUUCCUCCAGUCCCGAUAUAUCCAAGACCUCGGCUUGGGCAGUCGUCGACAUACGCCCUCGCCUUCAAAAGAUCGUGCUUCUGGACCUCACUGUAUCGCUAGGACCAUAUAGACUCGCGGUCGAACGGACGAAAACAGCCGUCUCUCUCAAGGUCGACCGUAAUCUCUUCCAUCUCGAUCCCGGCCCGUUUCCUCGAGCACGAUCGAUUGGUCAUCACGGAACAAGCAUAAUAGACUAGUCAGGGCAAGAUGCGUUUGCCUUUCGUCAAGAACAUCUGGGGGGUUGUGGUAGCAGGACUAUUGUGCGUCAGGGGAGCCGAUGCCCUGAUCUCGGCCAACAAGCUUUACACGGAUUCGGUCACAUACUGCUCAGAAGCAAAGGGUAUCCUCGUCAACGAGUUUGAUAUUCAAUACCACAAGAACAAUCAGAGUUUGACUUUUUUCAUCUCGGCUGCGGCUGUGUCGGAUGACCUGAAUGUGGCCGUCAACCUCUAUGCCAACGCGUACGGUCGACAGAUCGUCAACCUGACAAUCAACCUGUGUGAUCUCUUGCAAGGCGUCUUGUGUCCCCUUCCGGCCAUCAACUUUACGGGUGGCGGAACAUACCCGAUACCCGAUCAAUACUUGAGCAGCAUCUCGGACAGUAUCUGGGGGCUCGUCUGGACCGUGCCCGAUCUGGAAGCGUUCGCGAGGGUCUCGCUGAACAACGUGCAGAAUGGCGAAUCAGCGGCCUGUCUGCAAGCCACCCUGUCGAACGGACUCUCGACUCAACAGACCGCCGUCAAGUGGGCUUCAGGGGGACUGGUCAUCGCCGCUCUCAUUAUCGCGCUCAUUCAUUCGACUUUGCGAUGGUCACCGAGCGCGGCGGUGUACCGGUGGUACGACAUCCUCUUCAUCUUCCAGGCAGCGGCGGCUUCUGGAUUAUUACAGAUCAAUUAUCCCUCGAACUACGUCAACUUUGUGCUCAAUUUCCCCUGGGCGCUCGGGCUGUUUCACGACGACAAUAUCAAUGAGGCCGUCGUCAACUUGCGAAACUCGACGGGCGCAAAAUUGCCUACGACCGCCUUCGCCGCUGUCGAUUAUAUCAACCGAAAAAUGUCGCCGUACAACGAAGCCAUUCAGUUGAACUCGUUCUUCCGUGCCAAUUCGACCGCCGCGGACUUCGAAUCGUUCGUCGCCUUGACGACCCCGGUCGACCGUUCGUUUGUCGCGUCCGACUUCGCGAAGCGGGUCUACAUCCCUACGGUUUCGCAGCAAGAUACCAUCUCCACCAUCCAGAAUGGAAUUCCCGUCUUCACCAACUCUACCGGUAUUCCAGCGGCCAGCGCGUUUGAUACGAUCUUCAUUAUCUACCUGAUUGCCAUCGCUGUCGUCAUCGGCGCACACAUCAUCUGGGGAGCGAUCGUCUUCUUCGCGGACAGGUCCAGGAGCAGCGAGCGAAGAGGUCAUGGAUGGCUCCAUGAACAAAAGAGAGGGUUUUGGAGCUUCUUUGCCGGGAACAUGAUGAGGCUGUGCCUCAUCUUCCUCUUCCCCGUCUUCAUCUUUGCGCUGUAUCAGUUCAACAUCGGCCGAGAUGAUUCGUGGCUGAGCAUCCUGCUCGCCGCACUCUGUUUCGCGUGGACCGUGAUCGGCCUUACCACCGUGCUCGUCUUUGCCGUCUUGCGUCAUCGCAAAGACGGUGGCGAGUUUUCCUCCACUUCUCCCCUCUACUCGCGAUACGGAUGGUACAACUCGGCUGGGAUGGUUUACCGGCAGUUCCGACCGAAAUACCACUUCUGGUGGUUCGCACCCUUGGCUCUGGCAUCGUUCGUCCGAGCCUGCUUUAUCGCCUUUGGCCAGGGCAACCCGUGGGCCCAGGUAAUCGGUCUGGUAGUCGUCGAGUUCUUGCUCCUGGUCACCUGUAUCGGAUUCCGACCCCACAAGGACAAGAAGGGAGACUGGCUCGGUGCCUUCCUCGCUUUUGCACGGAUGUGCGCUUUCGGACUCAUGAUCGCGUUUAUCCCGAGCAUGGAUAUCGAUCCAAUCACGCGGACCAUCAUUGGGUUCGUUGUCAUUGUCAUGUUCGGCCUCCCUGUGGUUUUGCUAUUCUUUGGCUUGCUCUUCAACCUUGCUUACGGUUAUGCCUUCCGACGCAACAAACGAAGGAUCGAAGAUGGUAUCGAGGUCAACACGACUAAGAGGCAUGCGUCCGAUAUCAACUCGACUACACCAGCCAUGGUGCAAACCGGUGCUUUCGGAACUCCUCGAAACGCUACGCCUGAUGCUUACGCGAUGGGCGCUGGGAACGGUCUUCGUCCUUACGACUCCGGAUACCCUGAUCAUCGACAGUCGUACCACCCAUCGAUCGACGGCGACGAAGCAUCUCAGCAGCGCGAGACGUAUGGCGGAUAUGGGAAUAACCGAUUUAGUCAGAAUGACUACAAUCAAGCGUAUGACGGCUACAACAGUGGUCCCGUGCCGCACCGUCAGAGUAGUCACGGCUAUGCGUAUGGUGGCAACUCGAACGGCGUAGAAGGAUACGGCACAUAUGGAGGGUUUUCAGACCCCAAUAUCGCUGGACACGGGGCGGGUCAGCGAUACCAAAGUUAGACAGGCAUCUCAGCAUGACACGUGGAUAUCCCAGCCCACAGGAAAGAUUUCAUCGGCUAACGGAACGACUUUUCGAAGAACCCGCUCUCACUCUACCCUAUAGCCCACCUGCAACUUUGCUCUCAUUCCCUCCAAUACAUAGACCAAGUGACGGAAUCUAGAUUUUGCAAACUGUAUCGAUAUCGCUGGCGGCUUAUAUUUCGUUGUUUCCGGCUCGCGGGAUUAGUCUUGUAUUCAGUAUUACUUGCUCACGAGGGUAUCUAUCAUAAAAUUGGCU